AUUUACAAAACAAGAACAAAAUGUUGUCUUUUGGUGAAAGCUUCGUCCUAGCCCUAGCAUUAUUCUCCGUCAUUUUAACUCCAGCCUAUGGUCUACCAAAAGUGAAGCCAAUCGAUGAUGUCCAACCGGAACAAACGCUAGCGGUUCACAACGAGAUUCGAGCCGCGGUCGGGGUGGCUCCAUUGGUAUGGAACGAAACCGUUGCGGCCUAUGCACAGAAUUUCGCCAACAAGCUAGCCAAAGCUGGGAAAUGCGCGUAUACUGACAUGAGACAUUCUGGUGGACCUUACGGCGAAAACAUCGCGGCAGGAUGGGUCCAACCUGAGGAUCAAAUGAGCGGUCCGAUCGCUACUAAGUAUUGGUUAACGGAGAAGCCUAACUACGACCAUGCCACUAACAAGUGCAAAGAUGUUUGCGGGCACUACACUCAGAUCGUCGCAAAUCAAUCAUUCAGUCUCGGAUGUGGCUCGUAUAGGUGUCAUGAUAAUGAGUUGAUUUGGAUUGUAUGUGAUUAUUAUCCUAUGCCUGUGGGUGAUGCGAAUACUCGCCCCUAUUGAUGAUUUGAACUGGAUGAUUUAUUUCCAAAAAAAUG